GCUGUAGUUCCUGUUUCCUUGCGCUUCUCACAAAACGAAAGUUAGUCGAAACUCUCUCUCUCUGAACGAUGGACAGGACGCAUUUGCUGAGUGACCAGGAUGAAGUCCAUACUGUCCCUUCAUGUCCUGCUGGAGCCUAUGCAGAUCCGAACUCUGUGGCAAAUGAUGGGGCGACAGCUCCUCCUGCGGAUCUGAUGCCUGUGGUUCCUGGAUAUGAGCGCUUGGGACCAAAUGUUAUUCCACCAUCUGAUUUUGGAUCGUCACAACCAGAAGCCCCACCCAGAGCUCCAGAGAGACGCUUUGACAUUCCUGCGAUCAAUGAAGAACUUGCACAGGAGGCCUUUGCCAAUUAUGUGUCCAGCAAAUGCUGUUACAGCUCUAAACCAGUCAAAGAGAUGGUGUUCACAGACCUGCAGUCCCUCAACACAUAUCGGUACCGACUAGAGACUUUUACAGAGACCAGAACCACAGAAUGGGACAGUGAACCCUACAAUGGUCAAGUGGUGGAUGGAGUUGGAAUGGCUCCUGCUGCGUGGAGCAUCCCGGUGCCCAUACCGUCCCUCUUCCAAGACUGCAAAAAAUCCAUUCGUGUUCCUCACACAUCGACUGUCAAAGGUUGUCACUCAUGCCUGAAUCUUGGCAGAUCUGCUUGCAGUAAAUGUGUAAAUUCAGGCAGGACUCGCUGUGGACAUUGCUCUGGCACAGGAUGGAGGUCCUCUCCUGAACGCCAGCGCUGUGGUUCAUGUAGCGGCUCUGGCAUGAUUAGGUGUCAUUCCUGUGGAGGAGUCGGCUCAAUCACUUGCAAAACUUGCAAAGGUCAUGGAAAGCUUCUCUGCUUCAUCAAGCUGAUAGUUACGUGGAAAAACAACAUGCACGUGUCUGUCAUUGACAAGGGUUCAGGAUUCCCUGUUGACCUCCUUGAUCAAAUCACUGGAGAGAAACUGCUUACUGAUAUGGCUCCAAUGGUUUACCCAGUUGUCAAUUUUCCCGACCACUCUGUGAAUGCAGUGUCUGAAAGUGUUGUAAGGGAACAUCAAGCUCAGUUCUGCACCACUUGCCGUAUUCUCCAACAGAGGCAAACCAUCGAGCUGAUUCCUAUCACGCGAGUUCAUUACAUCUGGAAGGAGAAAACCCACAUUUAUUUUGUUUAUGGAACCGAACACAAAGUUUUCACCAAGGAUUACCCUGCCAAAUGCUGCUGCUGCUCCAUCCUUUAAACAUGCAGUACAAACAUGUAGGGAAAGAACCACAAUUGAAUGUUUAUUAGAAGACAUGCAUGCACAUAUGCAUAUUCAUACAUGAAUUACAUUAAUGUGUUUGAGAAUGUUUUAUUCUGUAAACUACUGAUGACAUUCCUUCUUAAUUUUAAAUAAACAAUUAUAGAUUUUUGGAUGCAUGAAAAUGUAAGAGGUGCCAUGUUUUCAGACAUGGUUUAUUUCAGUUUUAGACAACAAGUUAACUGUUUUAACUUCAGAAAUCAAUAGUUGAUGGAAUAUCCCUGAUUUUCAAUAUUUUUUUCUGAAAUACAGUGAUAUAAAUGACAAUAUUGUUAUUUGAUAUUUGAAAGAAUGUUAUCAGAACUUCAUAGAAUUAAACAUGUCAACAUUUUACUCAAAUCCAUACCCCAAUAAAUUAUAGUUACAUUUGAUCCAGUUACAGUUUGUUGCAACAUAGGCUCAUUCUGAAAACAUCCCCCUAUAUACAUUUCUGGAGAUCGCAUAUUAUGUAGCCAGAAGUAUGUAUGGCUGCAUUUCGUCUUUUAAACGCUACGGGGCGGUACGACGCGGUCCCUAUUACGCUUACCAGCUGACCGCUUACCUCCCUAUGGACAGCUUUUUCGCUGUUACCAAGUUUGUCCAGUGGCUCACCGCUUAGGCCGGCGGACUUGAGAUGCAAAGCGGAGUUGAUUAUGACGAUGGGGUUUCUGUCUGGCGAAGAACGGUUCCAGAAAGCAGGUGAGAGAAAAUCAAAAGCCAAAACAUAAAAUAAACAAAUAACAUGGUGAGAAAGUGGUAAAAUCUGAAAACAUGGUAAAAAUCCGGCUGCCGCGAGGGCUUUUUUUUUUUCUGCAUUUUUUUUUAAAACAUUGUCAGUUGGGUUCAGAGAAGUGGGUGGGCAGGUCAAUCGGUGCUUUUGAAAACACUAUUGGUUGGGAUUAGGGAAGGAGGAGGGUGUGUCAGUCAUUCAGUUAGGCACAAUCCCAAUUCUUCCCCUUAGGCCCAAUUCCACCUCUUAGGCCCAAUACCAAUUCUACCCCUUAGCCCUUCCCCUUACUCGUUUUGCACAUUCACGUGAAGGGGUAGGGGUGUCCAAAUUUUCUUUAUCUUGAAGGCGUAGGGCUAAGGGGAAGGGGUAGAUAGCCCUUCGAAUGGAGAUUUUUCAGGACCACACUCGAAACCAAGAAAAUUUCCCAGAAUACACCAGCCACAAUGGCAGGAUAGCUGCACCCGGAAGUAAGGAGAUCCACAAAUUAGUAUUUUUUUGUCAUUAUUACAAAUUUUUACAACAAUAAAAAUAAAAACCGCUUAAGUUUGCCAUCUAUAAUCCAUAGUAAUAACUCCUGUAUAACAGUCCCACAACAUUCUGAUACUCGGUGACACAGGAAUACCCUGUCAGAAAAGUCUAGUGGGUGGGAAUGACCUUUUUACAGUGUCUGCUGUAAUGUUAAUGAAGUUUUUGGCGUGUUUACAUAGAUUAAUAUGGCCACUGUGUAAAUGCACAGUAGUUACAAUCUUAUAGCCACAUUAGAUCGUUAUGAUAACAUAAUAUAUGCCUUCUGUGAUUUCCUGAAGAUAAAUACCUAAAAAUAACACAACUGAAAAAACUACAGCAGUCGCGAUUGUCUGAUAUCAUAUGAAGCAAGAGAUUACGAUGACAUAUGAUGAUGUGUGCAGGUGAUGUAGUCGUGUCCCAUUUCUUAGGGGUAAAUUUUGAGGCCCUUCCCCUUCACACUCGGUUUUAAGGCCCUUAAAACCGAGUGUGAAGGGGAAGGGGUAGGGUUACAAAAAUAGAAUUGGGAUUGGGCCUUAGUCAGUCAGUCGACAGCGGCCUCUGGUGGAUUUAUGCAAGAACAGCAGGCGUGAAUGGCGCUCAUGAGAGAAAUUUGAGAUCUGAAAAAGCGCACACAGCGACCUCUGGUGGAUUUGCGAAAACAAAAACUGUAAAAAAAACGUACCUCAUGGGUGUAUUUGGAGCUCUCCAGAAAUGGAUAUAGGGGUACAUUUUCACAAUGAGCCUGGGUUGGUCAGUUUUCAAAGCACACAACACACACACACACACACACACACACAAACGUUGGUAUUGGUGGUUUAUGUGGAUUCCUUAUAGGCAUAAUGUAUUAUAUACUGUAAAGACCACUUAUUACAAUAUACAGUAUGGCUUACCCUACCCCGAAACCCACCAAUCACAGGUGAGCUCUGGCCAAUUUUCAAUGACAAAAGAUCAAAUUAAAAAUUAUUUUUAAGCACUUUAAAUUACAAGGUCACAAUGUCCUCAUAAACCACCUCAACAUUAUAGUACCUAGGUCAUACCCAUUUCAUUAUACACAUUUUUGUCCUUGUAAACCACCCAAACCACUACACAAUGGCACAAACAUUUAUUUGUAUCAUAACCAGACACCAUAUUAAUAGACCACAACAAACUUUAUUUUAUAUUUAUAUAUUUUAUUUGUUUAGUUAGGGACAUUGCACAUUGCACACAUUGGGUGUAUUUGGAGCUCUCCAGAAAUGGAUAUAGGGGUACAUUUUCACAAUGAGCCUGGGUUGGUCAGUUUUCAAAGCACACAACACACACACAAACACACAAACGUUGGUAUUGGUGGUUUAUGUGGAUUCCUUAUAGGCAUAAUGUAUUAUAUACUGUAAAGACCACUUAUUACAAUAUACAGUAUGGCUUACCCUACCCCCAAACCCACCAAUCACAGGUGAGCUCUGGCCAAUUUUCAAUGACAAAAGAUCAAAUUAAAAAUUAUUUUUAAGCACUUUAAAUUACAAGGUCACAAUGUCCUCAUAAACCACCUCAACAUUAUAGUACCUAGGUCAUACCCAUUUCAUUAUACACAUUUUUGUCCUUGUAAACCACCCAAACCACUACACACUGGCACAAACAUUUAUUUGUAUCAUAACCAGACACCAUAUUAAUAGACCACAACAAACUUUAUUUUAUAUUUAUAUAUUUUAUUUGUUUAGUUAGGGACAUUGCACAUUAAUAAAACAUUUCUGUAUGUACCAGAAUUAGCCAAUAACAUUUUAUUCAUUAUUAUAUAUUUUUUUCGUGAGUAAUCAUAUUACAUAAUUAUUAUGAAUAUAGGCCUAUAUAAGGAGUUAAUUAGCAAAAACAUAACCACUGUUUUUCGAAUAGUUUUUUUGUUUGUUUGUUUGCUUAACAAGUACUCAGUGUAAAAACCUGAUUUCUAGUAUAAAUGAUUUUUUUUUUUUUUUUUUUUUUUUGCAAUUGUAGGCCUACUCUUCAAUACAUAAAAUGUUAAGAGACUUAAGACUUAAGAGACUUUAAAGUAAAAAUUCUAUGAGGCUACUCUAGGCUUACAUUAGUUACUUUUAUAAAUUCAUUUUUAUGCGCAUCCUUACACUUUCAUUUUUGUUCAUCCACUUUCCUAUUAUGUCUGUGCAAGCGAACAGUGGAGACUUGAUUUGGUAGCCAAACGUCGCAUUUUGUGUCAUACAGUAGGCAACGUAGAGUUAUUUGUUUUUAACGAGAUGAACGUGAGUGAGAGUUUCUUCUUUGAGUGAACUCUGCCUUUAAGGAUUCUGUAUUAUAAGUAUCAGGCGCGCUUUAAUAAACCAGAUUAGCAGAA